AUGACGAAGCGGGAUCGUGUUUCUACUGCUGAUGAUAUCGAUCCCAGCAAGCAGCGAAAGCUGCUAUCUCCCCCCUCCCCCAGCAGCAGCAGCAGCAGCAGCAGCAGCAGCAGCAGCAGCAGCAGCAGCAGCAGCAGGAGUAGAGAGUUGUUGCUGCAGCCAUAUAUAAAGGAGCUAGAAACUAUACAAGAACAAAUAGAAGAGAUAGAUACAGAGUGCGAUGGAUUAACAGAAGACGAAGAAGAAGAAGAAGAAGAAGAAGAUGAUGAUGAUGAUGAGGAGGAGGAGGAGGAGGAGGAAGAGGGAGAGAAAGAAGCAGAAGAAGAGGAGUAA